GGUGGUGAUCUAUAACACCAGCUGUGGCCCAGAACUUGACCGCCUGUUGCAGACCUACAGCCAAGAGGGCUUUGUGGAGAUGGUUCCUUGGCCCAUUGACCAGCAUCUGAAUCCAUCUUCUGGCUGGCUCUUCUCAAAGAGUGGUGGGGAUGUGCACUACUUCGGCCAGCUGACCACGCUUAAUGAAUGCAUUUACAGAUCCAUGGACCGGUCCCGCUAUGUCAUGCUGAACGACAUAGAUGAGAUUAUAAUGCCAUACCAACAUAACGACCUGAUGUCACUGUUUAACACGCUCCAACAGCAGCAUCCAAAUACGGGGGUGUUCCUCAUUGAGAACCAUACAUUUCCCAAGAAACCCUUUGAGGAAAGUAAAAAGGGCCCCCUGCCUCAAUGGAGAGGGGUGCCAGGCUUUAAUAUUCUGGAGCACAUCUACAGGGAGGAGCCCGACAGAAACAUAUACCACCCCCACAAGAUGAUAGUUCAACCAAGGAUGGUGGAGCAGACCUCAGUACAUGAUGUGCUGAAGAUGUUUGGAGACAAGUUUAAGGUUCCACCAGACGUCUGUCGUAUCAUUCACAGCCCAAUCAGCACCCCGACACAACGGCCACUGGAGCAGCUCCAUGUGGACACUCGCCUGUGGGACUUUAAAGAAGAACUGCUCCCCAGUGUGAGCAAGGUGCUGAGGAGAGCCGGGCUGCUGAGUUGAGAAGGGCAGUCAGAGAGAUGGACGUACGCUCAGAUGGACAAACAAGCUGUACACUUAUUAUAUAGCUCCGUAAAGCUUGCUGCAGAUUCUGGUGAUAAUUCUCACUUGGUUCAUCACUAUGAGCCACCCAUUUCCCAUUGUCACCUUCUUUUUAUAUUGCCAUUUGAUACAUUGUUGUUACAAAAAAUAAUGUACAGUAAAUCUGUCUUCCAACCUUCAUAAAACAGUGAAGCACACCUCACAUCAGUGAUCUAAAAAUCAUGAGGAAAUGCAACACCGGUCCUUUCUUAGAAACCGCAGGCACCUGAUAGGGAAGGGGGAGGGUGCAUCUGAACUGGGCUGGAUUACUUUGCUGUUUGCCUGGCUGACCUCUUGGAGUGGAUGUCAAGGCACUGCCUCAAGUCAAGUUACAUUUCUUACAAUGUCAGCUCAAUAUACUUCACACACAGCAAAUAUGAACAAAAUUAAAUUAAACAUGAAUCCAUAUUUAAA